AUGACCGGCAUUCCAAAGUCGCGGGGAUGUCAAGUUUGCAAGCGUAGGAAAGUCAAGUGCGAUGAGACUUGGCCCUCGUGUGGACAGUGUACGCGAAUCAAGACUGACUGCCCUGGGCCGACAAAGCUGUUUAAGUUUAUCAACAAGACCACUGGCGGCGCUCCCAGAGUUGAAAUUGCAGAUGACACCGCUGUCAGUAGACCGAGUUCGCCCAUGGUUUACAUGCGCAAGAUGCACUAUUCCAACGUCAAAGAUGCGGCCGCGGGAUAUGGACGCCUCCAAAUGACCCUUCCCCGGGGUAACCCUACGACGGUGGCUGAUCGCGUUGGCCUCCGCCUCGCCUCGACACUGGAGCGAGGUCCGGCAGAAGUCGUCACCACAUUCAUGGGUUAUCUCCCCGAGAUUCCGAAGCGGAUAGCGGAGAGCCCUUGCUUGCGCGACUCAGUUGACUUGUUUUGCACUGCAUGGGCGGGCUUUCGGUCUCAACGUCCACGUAAACCGCUCCUCGCGAUGCCGCAAUACGGCAAGUUGUUACGCAGUCUGCAAAAGGCGUUGACCAACGGAGAGGCUCACCGAAUUGAGACCCUGGCUGCCAUGACGUUGCUCGAACGAACUGCGCGGUUGUUUGACCUAAACUCUGAGAGCCUAGAUUUUCAUCUCAAAGGAAUCAGACAAGUAUUCGUUCAGAAGACUUUGCCAAAUCCAGAUGAUCAGCUGGACGUCAAGCUCACCAACGAAGUUCAUGCGCUACUACUGAGGGAUUGGCCUGGGUCAUGUGAGGAAAUGACCGUACUCACGUCUGCACAGAAGGAGGCUCUAAGCCAGUGUGCAAGCUCACAACUUUCCAAUCUGGAAAGCCGUCCGUUCUUGGAGAGUGAUAUCAUGAUGCUAUAUACCUGCGCCGAGAAGUUUAUCAAGCUGCUUGCCGUAUUUCAGCAGGUGCUUCGUAACCCGGAGGACAUGGAAAUGGCCAACUCCGUUCGUCGAGGGCUACACGAGAUGAAGAACGAGGGACGACAAGCCGCUGCCGAUUCGCUAGCCAGAUGGAUCGAGGACGGUGCCAUCAAGGAGGAACUUGAUCCAGCCUUUGUGGCAGGCAAGCGGUACCAGAUCAGUUCCAUGUAUCUCAUUGGUUUGUAUCAUGCCAUGAUUAUGUGCCAACUGAUAGCUUUGAGUGUACUACACCACCUGGAUGUUAUGUGUGGCAUUCAAGACAGCACCGUCAUAGACGAAUCGCGACAGGUCAGCGCUGAAAUGUGGAAGAUGAUGCCGGCAAUAAAGUCGCUUGAGCCAGUCAUCGCUAUCAUCAUGAUGGACGGGGCUUGCAUGAGCUACGAGUUUGCGGACGAGCGGGGGAGGGAAUAUGUGUUAGAAGCGAUUCUUGAUAUUGACAGUUCUGUCGGACGAUAUCCAAAGCAGAAAGAAUCACUGCGCGGCGCGGUCAUGGAUAGAAUCCGAUUAUUGACCGGACGAAACCUAAACCAGCCUAUUCAAGGCCUUGUUUUGAGUUGA